GAAGAGAAAUUGUAGAAAUGGGUGGGAUUUAGCCAUAAUUAUGGCUGUGUUAACUUAACUAGUGACGACCCGGCAGCAGCGGUAGGUCACUGUACCAAAUAGGCGAAGUUGGUCAAAAGGGUACAUGACGUUUCUCGAAGGAAUACUAGUAAUAAAUCAGUCGGAAAUUGGGUUAUUAUCACAUCAGUAGUGGUGAUUUUCGUCGCACAUCUUCAAUCAGCGCACAACUGUGAAUGGAUUGUAACAGUUACUAUUUUGCUCUUUUAGACCAGCCUUACGACGACCAGUCGCCAGCCAUAGCAUAGCUCGACACUAGGACAAUUUGACGUUCGAGGUAAGUUCGUCAAUCAACUUCCGUUUUCAGCUGUUAGCGUGUUUGCUCUAGGAACAUGCAUUAUCUCUGUAUGUUCCUAGGUUUGCUAAGUCAGAUAUUUCAGAUGUUCCGUUGUCAAACCAAAGGUUCAAACUCUCGAAAGACAGCGGAUGUUAGCUAUUUAGCUAGCUAAUGAGAUACAGUACUGGCCGUAAUCCGCAUCGUUAGCUAGCUAUCCAUGCUAGCUAGCAAUUGUAUCAUAUUGAAUCCAUAACAAAACGACGGUUGGAAAUAAAAUAGCUUGACACUAGCCAUCCACCAGUACUAGAACAUUGUGAAGUUACAGUAUGUAUUCAUUUUCAUUUCUAGUAAUGUAUUUCACUGAUCUUAUUGUUCACCCUGCAGGAGACCUCGAUCUGCCAGUGUAACAAUGGCAGUGUUCAGUGCACAGGUGCUUCUGGCAGUAACAAGAUCAAGGUAGGAGACCAGGUCACCUGCUCUAUAUUAGAAACCAUUUAGGCCUGCACUUACCUCAACCACACAGUGGGGACACCACUGCCCGUGUCUACAAGAUCCCUGCUAGUUAAAUCAGUCGAUUAACUCUCCAGGAAGUAAUCUGGAAGAGUUGGUUAUGUAAACAAGCUAGUAUGGUCUGUAAAUGCCAUAGGUGGCACCCCAUAAACCAUUGGUCUAGUUUACAUUAGAACAGCAGUGUGCCUGACUGGCUGCUGUAGUGAAAGUAAGGAUAUGUCAAAUAUGACUUGGCAGUCACUGACCAUACCGAUGUAUCUAUGUUCUGUCUCUAGGGGAUCUUACCUGCUGUCUAAGAGGCACAGCUGCUGCCCCCUCCCCUCCACAGCUUACGUCCACCACAACCUGGACCCCCCCAGCCACCUGUCAUCCCUACCCUCCCUAAGGCGUUCCAGGUCUGGCUACCCUCACUGUGUUUGGCUCCAUGGUUUCAAGACCCACAGUACCACCCUGCUGGCCAGAUCUCUGCACAGCUCCUGUGUUUGGCUGCAGGACACCAAGGCUCCUGCCACCCCAGCCCAGAAUGACCACCCAGGGACCCCCAAGAAUGGCCCCUCUGGCCCUGCACCCCAACCUCCAGCUACUGCUCCCCCUGCUUCCGCCACUGUAGCGGCUGCAGCUGCUGCCCCUACGGUCCAGGUAGUAAGGAAAUCUAUUGGCCAGAGGAUAGUGGAUGAGCUGAAACACUACUACAACGGCUUCAGGCUGCUGGGGAUCGAUACCAAGAUCGCAGGGAGGAUGGUGUGGAGACUGCUGCACGGACAACUGCUCUCACGCAGGGAGAGGAGACGGGUAAGGCUGGGGGAGUGAUGCACAAUAAACCAAUGUUUCAUCUAGCUGCUCCAUCAGAUGUUAGCCACCCAUGGCCCAUAACGUCCCACCAGUGUGUCCCACAGACCUUCUGACCAACACUGGACAAUACUAGACUAGAGCAUGGUUAGACUUACUGAUGAUGAUCAGCCUGCUGCACACGCAUGUAAACAUUGAUUGAAGGUGCUGAGCUGUAUUUGACCUGUAUGUGACUGUUUUGUAUUGACUCUAAACUGUGUCAUGCACAUUGCCCUCAGGGCAGCCAGUAUGGCUGAUGUCUGUGUCUGCAGACAGUGCAUAGUCAGUCAGACUGUCAUUGUUGUGACUAUUGAAGUGGCCAUGCAGGAAGUGUAGGCUGAGCCCUGUCUGUGUUUAACCUGUUCCUUAAGGAGUAAAUAACAGGGGGGAGGGCAGGAUUUAUAGGAAUACUCUCUGAUGUGUAGUAAGGAGUACCAGGGACCUCUGAGUGUUUUGAAAACAACAAGUUGCUACCUUUUGAACUUGUUGAACCAAUAACAAUGUUGCUAAUUUUUGCUUUGAUGUUUUCUCUUGUUGUGCCUAUUGAACACAACCUAAGGAGUAAAACCACAUGUCAUGAGGUAUUCUAGUUUAACCCUCAGUUUAAGAACAAAACUGAGUUAAUCUCAGGUCUGAGUCACCCAUUGUGACCCUUAGAUUAUAAACAUUUCAGAACGCUGCCUGCCACAGUGCCAGUGUUGUGGUUAAUCUGCUAUCUGAAAAAAGGACAUUCAUGUGGAUGGUAUACCCAACUGUCUCUCUAACAAGCUGCCUGGUUAAACACAGGCCACUUUAGGCUACAGUGUUAUCAGCAAAUAAGGUGGAUUGAUUAAUGAAACACAGUACACGUAGGGUCGCAAGCAUGUAGAUACAGUACGUCACACAAACACACACACACCCUCAGUUGACUUCAGGCUCCAUAUUUAUCAGUAAGGCUGAUUGAAAGGAUGCAUCUAGCCUAUUGCCUCUGAUACAAGAUGGGCACAAUAACACAUGCACACAUCCAAACACACUGCCGUGUGACCCUUGCUAUGUGAAUGCCAUGGUAGAGCUUUACUCAGCACCGGGUCUAUUUUAGAAAGGGACUGGCAGUGCUAGUAGUCUGCCAGAGACGGAGGGACAGAAUCCUAACAUAGUGUUGCCCAUGGUGGGUCAAGGGGGAUUCCUUCUUGUAUUGUGGCUUAAGACCAGGAGUGAAAGUAAGCCGAUCCGGUAUGGCGUCCCAGCAAACUAAAUAGUGGGGGUACGCUAUAUCGGUAAAACAUGAGUCUAUCACAAUAAUUAAGAAAACUAUAGGCAAUUACACCGUUAUUUAACAUUACCGCAGGUCAGCUGCAUGAAAAUGAGUGAAUUUACUUGAAAACGGGCAAUAUACCCUCCUGUUGCGAUUUGAUAAGUGGUCCAGACGAGACGCCCAUACAGCAGUGGACGCAGCAAUUCAGGCUUUUAGUGUUGUGUGCCUAAUGAUAAUCGGCAAUGUCAUUACACUUUUUAAAAGUUUUUUUGUAACAGCUGUCUCUUUCCAUUCAUCUAAUUGCGUGUGCACUGUUUGGAUGCUGGAAUUAUUUAUGAGUGGACAAACGCAGGUAGCCAACAGGAGUGCCUUUUGAAGUGAUUGUUUGACAAUCAGAUGAAAACGUCAUGACUGGUUGUGUUUAUGCCACAUAAAAAGGUAAUACAUGAUAAAAGUUACGACAAAUCUUUACUAGGCCCACAGAGAUCAUACUAAAUUAGGAAGGAUUCUAUAUGUUAUUCUAUGAUUCAUAAAAAAAAUUGCGCGCACAGUACCGGUAACAAAUUAAACCUACUUUUACCCCUGACCAUAUUAGUAUUUUAUUAGGAUCCCCAUAAGCUACUGCUAAAGCAGCAGCUACUUUCCCUGGGCUCCACAUAAAACAUGACAUAAUACAAAACAUUAAUAGACGAGUGCAUUACAAGGACAGAACUACAUACAUUUUAAAUAAGAAUACACACUUUCAUGCAUUUAUGCCUUCAUAAUUAUGUGAUUCAUAGACUACUGAAUGCAAGUGCAACACACGAAACAAGAAAGUGUGUUGCAAAUAGGCUGACACUUUCUUCAUUAUUCUGAUCCGACAAACUUUAUCCUUUAUCAUACGUACAGUUUCACUAUCCUGCUUAUGUGAAAUAACCAGCACAGUGUUUCAGAUGGAGUUUCACUUAUGUCCUUCACUCCGUUCAGUUCAUAGAAUGAAUAGAACUUUCAUCAUAUGAGGCUUCACCUAAUGUCCUUCACCCCUAUUCAGCUCAUAAAAGGAACUAAACUAUCAGAAAUACGGGCUUCACUUCACGUCCUUCACCCUUGCUCAUAACAAUGAGCAAAAUUCCUUGAAUCUUGAGCCUUUUUACAGUCUAUUGCCCUUAACGGUUAGCUGAGAUAUAUAGUGUAAUGUUAGUCUACUGUCCAUGAAAGGUAGCUGAGGUAUAGUGUAACGGGUUGCAGUCUACAACCCAUGAAGGGUUAUCUGAGGUAUUGUGCCAGGCUUUGGACCUGCUCAUAAAAUGAACAAGGUCCCGUGAACCAGAUGGAGUUGUGUGCAUAAAAUGAACCAGAAUCAGUUGGGAGUUUCACCUAAGACGUGGCCACAGACAUUGGUUUUGUUGACUUGGUGGGUCAAAAGGUCAAUCAAAGAGAACAUUUUUAAGAAAACAUUGUUUUGUCGGUCACAUUUCAAAAUGUUUGGGAUCCACUCUGGGCAUUCUAUUUCUAUGGGUGUUGGUGCAAUGACGGGGCAAAACUCACAUUGCAUCACUGCAUCUUUCUAUAAUACCAAUCAACCAUAGCCUACAUAAGUCAUAUGACAAUGUUUGGCUACUCUGAUCCCUUUUAUUCUCCUCUCCUCCUUUGAUGUUGUUACUUAUCGUUGUGUGAGACCUGUUACUGUUUGCUUUGCGAACCGUCUGUUUUCUCUCCAGCUGAUGAGGACAUGUGCUGACCUGUUCCGCCUGCUGCCCUUCAUGGUCUUCAUCAUCGUUCCCUUCAUGGAGUUCCUGCUUCCUGUCUUCCUCAAGCUCUUCCCUGAGAUGCUGCCCUCCACUUUCGAGACCGAGACCAAGAAGGCACGUUCUUCACACUGUUGCAAUGUUAAUGUCCCUGACUUGUUGAUGACGGACUGCAUCUCAGUGGUCUAAACUUGCUUCCUUGUCUCCUCUCAUUCAUCUGCACUGAUCUAGUCAUGAUAUGCUAGGUGUCUGUUUUUCUGUUCUUCCUUAUCAAUGCAGAUAAAGGAAAGGAGACAAGCACACUAUUGAGAUGCACCCCACUAGUGGAUAUCUUUCCUUAGACCUGUAGGCCAGUAGAAGGAGCAGAGGUGUGUCCCAAUCUAUUUUCUCCCUAAGUGCGCACUUGUUCACCUCCCUUCAUAGAUUUUACAGGAAAUUACUACUAUAAGAAACUCUCUAGCCCAAUCCCCCACCAAUCCAAUGUUUUUACAUUUGUGGGGAGUAGUGAACAGGUGCAGACUUCAGGAAGAAAGAAGUUAUUGGGACACCCCAGGUCUUUGUGUGGGAUUAGCCCCAAUAGGCCUGGGCCCGAUUUCCCGAUAGUGAUGGAAUUUAGGCUUACGGGUGUUUUUUAACGAUGCAUCUUUCCUACAACAGCUGACGAUGUAAUAUGCGUUUCCCAAAACCACGCAGAGAGAAGUCUAAGUGCGUCGUUGGCGCAAGUGCCGACACUGAUAGGAUCGGGAAAAAAGGCAGCGCUUCUCUCGGAUCAGCUUUCUCAAUUCAAAUCUUGCCUUAUAACUAUUUCACAAUACUGACGACGGAUCGGCUCCUAGAGCGAUAUUACCACCUACGGCUGCAAAUAUAUUUGUAUUACUUUUUGGGUGACCAGGGUGGGUCACAAUUGAGACCAGGGUCUAAUUUAUUUUUAUAUGUUACUUGUUUUUAUCAAUUGCAAAGACAUUGGCAACUUUAUUUGUAGUCAACUUUGUUCUGAAGUUAUCUGCGGUCAGAGAAAAUAAACCAUGUGAUUCUAUGUUUAGCGGAGAUCUUCUGUGUAUAAAGUGACGCGGGAGGGCAAUAAAACAUUAACGAUGCAAUAAGCUGUUCUACAAAAGGCAGGUGUUAGAUUACGAGCGUUUUCAAGCGCAACGUUAAUAACAAUGGUUUUGGGAAACUGCUCUGAGAUUUUAGCGAUGCUCCUACGAAGGUUGUAAUGAUGAACUUCGCCUUAAGAUGCUUUUGGGAAACCGGGCCCUGGCUAGCUGUAGAUCACUCAUGGCUGAAUGACUCUCAUAUGUCCUCGUGCUCCUGUACAACAGAGGUGCCUGGCGUGGCCUCUCACGUCAUGGCCAUUGGGAUACCUACAGGAAGCAGUGGUAGUGACCACCAUUAGCCAACUGGAGCACUUUGAAAGUUUGUUUUCAAAUAGACCCUCUUAAACAUUACCUAGCAACUUCAUAGAAUACGAUUGAGGCUCCUUUUUUCGAACCUACUCUAUUUCUAAAACGAAUCGCAAGUAGCUAAUGCUAGCCUAUGCAUGAGGACCAUUUGAGAAAUAACUUCUCCCUCUCUCUUUCCCCUCCUUUUUCUCUCUUUAGGAAGAGAAGCAGAAGAAGGGUCUGGCUGCUAAGCUGGAGCUGGCUAAAUUCCUCCAGGAGACCAUAGCAGAGAUGGCCAAGAGGAACAAGACCAAGGCUCUGACAGAGGAUGAGACGCAGCGCUUCUCCACCUAUGUACAGAAGGUAAUUUAGCCAGGGGGCAAAGCAUGCAUCCACACCUCUGAUUCAUAAUGUCAUGAGUGUUUUCAAGUUUUCAUCCCAUUGUUUGUCAUACAGACCUGAAAACGUUCAAGAUGUGAUAAUGUUCACGUGCACGUGUCCCUCCCAAGCCUGUCUGGUCUGCAUGACAAGUCCCCAGACUGCUGUAACUAACCCCUGUCCUCCCUGUGUCAUCUCCAGGUGCGUCACACAGGGGAGCAGCCUACCACUAAGGACAUCGUCAAGUUCUCCAAGCUGUUUGAAGAUGAAUUGACGCUGGAGCAUCUAGAGCGCCCCCAGCUGGUGGCCCUGUGUAAGCUGCUGGAGCUGCAGCCCAUAGGAACCAACAACCUGCUCCGCUUCCAGCUGAUGAGGCAGCUGAGAACCAUCAAAGCAGACGACGAGGUGAUAGCCACUGAGGGUGUGCCUGCUAUGAGUGUGUCAGAGCUGCAGGCAGUGUGUCGUAGCAGAGGGAUGAGGUCACUGGGUCUGACCACUGACCAGCUACGCCAGCAGAUGCAACAGGUCUGACACUCAACUUGUGAACAAAUCAUCAUUAGUCGCAUCAUGCAGCCUUAGAAUAUAUUGAAAUUCAAAACAUAUAGCCCACCUUGUUAAAGAUGCAUAAUGUCAAGCCACUAAAGGAUUCAAUCUAUUUAUUGUAUUAUAAGGGAGCGUCCCAAAUGGCACCCUUUUGUGCCAUUAGGGACGAAAAAGGAUUCGCUUCUUCAGUGACCUCUGACCUGUAACCUCUCUCUCCAGUGGUUGGACCUGCACUUGAAGGAGAACGUUCCUCCUUCUCUGCUGCUGCUCUCCAGAGCUAUGUACUUGACUGACAUCAAACCCAUUAUACCUAUCAUACCCUCUGUACCCAAACUAGAGGUAAGACAUCGUACCCCCUGUACCCAAACUAGAGGUAAGACAUCGUACCCCCUGUACCUAGGGCUGUUACGCUGACCGCAUUACUGCCACACCGGCGUUCACGAGUCAUGACGGAAGUCAAAUUCCACGUGACUGUUUAGUCAUGGUAGUGCCCUGUAGCUCAGUUUGUAGAGCAUGGCGCUUGGAAUGCCAGGGUUGUGGGUUCGUUUCCCACGGGGGGCCAGUAUGAAAAAUGUAUGCACUCACUAACUGUAAGUCGCUCUGGAUAAGAGCAUCUGCUAAAUGACUAAAAUCAAAUCAAAUCAUACAUAAGCAGUGUGUGAGUUUCAAGUUUGGGGAAGAUCAUUUUCACCAUAAAAAUGCACCUUUUAUAUACUGAACAAAAAUAUAAACGCAACUUGCAACAAUUUCCAAGAUUUUGCUGAGUUACAGUUCAUAUAAGGAAAACAGUCAAUUAAAAUAAAUUCAUUAGGCCCUAAUCUAUGGAUUUCACAUGACUGGGCAGGGGCGUAGCCAAAUUGAAAGAAAUAAGCUUUUUGUGCAAAUGGAACAUUUUUGUUCAGUGUAAUACAAGCAUUACAUGCAUAAUCGCAUUUGCGGUCACUUUUGAAAAUGGUUUUAAAAAAUAUCAUUUAUAUCAUGUUUCUUUAGACCUGUCUAAAAUAAAUAAUGGAUUUGUUGUGAUGGUGUAGGCUAUAUUACAUGGAUUUAUUGGACUUUUUAAAAUGUAGAUGUUCCAAAGCUCUGCAUCAGUGGCUUGUAGGUUAUGCGUGGAAGCCAGGAGAUGCUCAAUUACCGUGAGACCGGCAGUUAUUUGUUUGACAAUCACCGGCUGACAAAAUGUAAUGACCGCCACAGCCCUACCUGUACCCAAAGUAAAGGUAAGACAUCAUACCCCCUGUACCCAAACCAGAGGUAAGACACCCCCCAACCACAUCAGUUCGUAUUGGGGAAGGAUGAUCUGAUUCUAGGUCUGUGGUCAAGGGCUUCUGUCUCCAGUGAUUCCCGCAGAAGCACAGGUUUCCCUCAGAACUAAGCCUUGAACAUCAGACCAUGGAGACCUGGUUUACUCUCCAACUCUUGUGCGUAGUGCUAUAGAAAUGCAGGUUAGCCAUCUGAAUUAUGUUCCUGCUGCCAACUCUCUCUAAGGCUCUAACACCAUAUCAGUCUCAGGACACUCUGUGGAAGGCAUCACCACUGCUUACAUAACUGGCUUUAUUAUUCCAUUUGUGUGCGUUUUGUUUUCAGGCAGGUCAUUGUGUGUUUUGUUAAACAGAGAGGUCAUAAGAGAAUGGUCUAAGUAUAUAUGUUGAUAAUGUAACAUUGUGUUGCAGAAGGCCGCUCCUCCAGCUGAGACCCCACAGGGAACAACAGCCUCCUCCUCAGACUUACUAGUGGACCCAGCUCUGGUCAUCAAAGACAGGCUGGUCAGUACACAGACACACACGACCUGGUCACAGAAUGCUCAGUAGAGUAGAUAAACCGGUUUUGGUCAAAGACAGACCGGUCCAGUAUUUUCUCCAGGAUGACCUGUGGUGGUGUUAGAGAAAGUGUGUGUUUCUGUUCCUCCAGGCGGAAGAGGUUAGAGACCAGGCUGCCAUCGUCUCAGACAAACCUCCCACCCCUGCCCAGGUUAUUCAGGUCAGUCAUCUUUGACCCGCAGUCAUGUGAUACCCACAGGGAGCAUCAUUGUAGUGACUAGAUGGCCAUGCUAGAAAUGACAGCGUAGCCGUAGUAAAUACAGUGCAUUCGGAAAGUAUUCAGACCCCUUGACUUUUUCUACAUUCUGAUACGUUACAGCCUUGUUCUAAAAUGGAUUAAAUUGUUUUUUUUCUGUCAUCAAUCUACACACAAUACCCCAUAAUGACAAAGCAAAAACAGGAUUUUAGAAUUGUUUGCAAAUGUAUUAAAAAUAAAAAACAGAAAAAAUGCAUUUACAUAAGUAUUUAGACCCUUUACUCAGUACUUUGUUGAAGCAGCUAUUACAGCCUUGAGUCUUCUUGAGUAUGAUGCUACAAGCUUGGCACACUUGUAUUUGGGGAGUAUCUCCCAUUCUUCUCCGCAGAUCCUCUCAAGCCCUGUCAGGUUGGAUGGGGAGCGUCACUGCACAGCUAUUUUCAGGUCUCUCCAGAGAUGUUCGAUCGGGUUCAAGUCCGGGCUCUGGCUGGGCAACUCAAGGACAUUGAGACUUGUCCCGAAGCCACUCCUGCGUUGUCUUGGCUUUGUGCUUAGGGUCGUUGUCCUGUUGGAAGGUGAACCUUUGCCCCAGUCUGAGGUCCGGAGCUCUGUCAGUGACCAUCGGGUUCUUGGUCACCUCCCUGACCAAAGCCCUUCUCCCCCCCGAUUGCUCCGUUUGGCCGGGCAGCCAGCUCUAGGAAGAUUCUUGGUGGUUCCAAACUUCUUCCAUUUAAGAAUGAUGGAGGCCACUGUGUUCUUGGGGACCUUCAAUGCUGCAGAAAUGUUUUGGUACUCUUCACCACAUCUGUGUCUCGACACAAUCCUGUCUCGGAGCUCUACGGACAAUUCCUUCAACCUCAUGGCUUGGUUUUUGCUCUGACAUGCUCUGUCAACUGUGGGACCUUAUAUAGACAGGUGUGUGCCUUUCCAAAUCAUGUCCAAUCAAUUGAAUUUACCACAGGUGGACUCCAAUCAAGUUGUAGAAACAUCUCAAGAAUGAUCAAUGGAAACGGGAUGCACCUGAGCUCAAUUUCGAGUCUCAUAGCAAAUGGUCUGAAUACUUAUGUAAAUAAGGUAUUUGUUUUUUAUUUGUAAUAAAUGUGCAAACAUUUUUUAAAAACUGUUUUCGCGUUGUCAUUAUGGGGUAUUGUGUGUAGAUUGAGGAAAAUUGUUUAUUUAAUCCAUUUUAGAAUAAUGCUGUAUCGUAACAAAAUGUGGGGAAAAAAAAGAAGGGGUCUGAAUACUUUCCGAAUGCAGUGUAGAUGGCCAGGCUGCUGGCAAGUAAAUGACUGUUCACAACUUCACUUAACAUCUUCAUAACUUGUGAACAAUGAAAUUAGUUUUUUGGUCUUGAUUUAUGGUUAGAGAUGGUUAAAGGUUAGUGUUAGUGGUAAUUACAUUAACCCCAAUUCCGUCUCCCUUUCUCUCUCACCACAUCCUAAUCGCACACACCACAACAAACAACUGCCCUGCCAACCAACCAUGGACUCUUGGAAGAUUAGCACCAUUGUGGGCUAAAAGACAAACAAAUAAACAAACCAGUCACAUGAAAUCAUAGCUAUUUAACCAUCGAUCCACCAUUUGUCACAUUCAUUAACCAUAUAGGAUUUAUGAGUAGUUAAAUUACUGUAUGCCCAUAACAACAGGUUUUAUUCAAUUAUUGUUCAUGUCCACGUCUGAAAAUCACCAUUUAUUCAAUUAGUGCCAUCCGUUUCUUUUCCAUCAUUUGUUUGUAGAUUAACCUUUGCCCUCUGACCUCUCCCCCAGGCUAAAGCAGCAGAGGCGUCCCAGAAGAGCAAGAUAAGUGCCAACGGAGUGUGAGGAGGACUGAAAGGGCUUGACUGUACCCCAACCCAGUGUCCUUAGGGUUGGGUGGGGGCUAUCAAUCAAGCUAAUCUACACCAAGAGGGAUCAGUCAACCCAGCCACCCCUCUGCCCUCCUUAACACCUUCUCAUUCUCCUCCUUAUCCCCAAGACCGGGGGGCGUGAGUCUGUCCCCAAGUCCCCCGUCCUCCCUGUCUAGCCAAUGGGGCUCGCUGUGUGAUGGAAAGGUCAUAAGAUCAUCACAUGAGAUGAUAAUGUCAUCAGACCAGACAACGCUUGGCUAAAAUGACACUUUGCUCUGGAUCAGACCCCUCUCUUCUCUGGCUACACCUGGAGUGCGGCCACUGGCAGGUGUUUAAAACGGGACACCCCCCUCUGCUCUGUCUGAUCAGUCUCUGGUUCUUCUCACCUGCAUCUAUUUGGUCUACAUGUUAUGCACUCCAUCCAUUUUGGUUUCACACUCAAUCUCAGGACACUGUUACGUAAACUCUGAAAAGUCCCUUGACUGGGAUUACCUUUCGUUUUAGGGAUCACAGUUACCCAGUGAUGUAACAAAUAUUAUUAUGUCCUUGAAGAGUAGACACAGCCUCUCAAAACGUACCAUUUGGCCCAGUGUUCUGGUUGGUUGGUUUUGGUGUAACUUUAGUUUGUUUCACUUCAGGUUGUAUUUAGACCUAGCCUGGUCUCAGAUUCGGGUUGUAUUUAGACCUAACCUGGUCUCAGAUUCUGAUUGUAUUUAGACCUAGCCUGGUCUCUGAUUCGGGUUGUAUUUAGACCUAGCCUGGGUGCUGAAGCUCAAUCCUCUUGACGAGACACACCGCAAAGGCGAAAGCAGGAUGUGGCUGCGGUGUUUUAACGGUCACCUGCUGGCUGUCGACGAACGGUGGCGAUUCAACAUGUAGAAUUGUCAGGAAAUACACAGAAAAUAACGUCCAAUAUUUUGGUUCAGAGGCGAUGGGACGGCCACCCGCUGCUUUGAACCAUUCAUCGUCAAGGUGUGUUUUGUCUCUUAGAGUUGGCCGAAUCACCUCCAGAUCUGGAUCAGACUAACGUAGACCACCACCACUUCCUCCCCCUCGUGUAUAUUUGUAAAUACCCUGUAAAUUGUUCUCCGUGUCUGGCAGACAAAGUACAGCUGCUCUGUACGUUGUUUAUGCCACGCCCUCAAGCUCGCUCAACUAAAGAGUUCUAUGAACUUUUGCCCUCCUAUUAUUUUGUUUGUUGAAUAUUUAAAUUUAAGACUGGGCAACUCUUUACAUUAACUUGCCUUCAUACCAUGAAGUUACUCUCUAACUACUCUGGUAACCAGAAUGUAAAUGUUUAGCUCUAAAUGGUCUUUGCCGAUAAGGUAUAUAAACAAUGAUUGAUGUGUAAAGGAAAUUGGGCAAAUUAUGUCCAGCUAGUUACCAUGGUAGUUGCAUUUAAUUACAACAGAAAAUGUAGCACACGUGGUAUCUGUGCAAUUUAUUGUGAAGUGUGACCAUAUGACUGAGUGGCCCUAUGUCAUUUAGCAGACACUCUUAUC